AUACCUCAGAUUCCUCACUACAUCCAACAGUGUACCUCCCGGCGCAUCUUAGGGGGGCGGCAGUUGGCCUGCGCAUUCUCGCCAUCGGCGGCGGCGGUCUCCAACGACGACCAACACCAAGUUCAAUAUACUCUUUCCUUCUCCUUGAGAGUUGAGACAAUAUGAAUAUUACAUUGGCUCCGCCUUCUCUUCCUCAUCUCUGCUCCCAUGCGCAUUCGCACCCUCCCAUGGCUAUCCUGCGCCGCCUAACCCGCCACCGUCGCCUAUUCUCUGUCGCCGCUGCCGCCGUCCGCCAAGAUACCACCCCCUGGAUUCCAGCGCCUCUGGCAGGUAUUCAGCCGGCUGCUGAGUCCCUCUUUCAUGUCACUGUCGACGUCUCCGACUCGCCCGACCUCGCUGCAUCCCACACUGCCGCCGGUCAAUACCUCCAGCUCCGCCUUCCCGACGACUCCACCAAGCCUUCUUUCCUCGCCAUCGCCUCCCCGCCUUCCUUGGCCGCUGCGAGAGGCGUCUUCGAGUUCUUGGUCAAAAGCGUCUCUGGAUCCACCGCGGAGUCUCUGUGCGGCCUCGGUAAAGGAGACGUCGUCGAAUUGACUCAGGCUAUGGGGAGAGGUUUUGACAUACAUCAAAUUUCGCCUGCUGAGGAGUAUCCCACUGUUCUGAUCUUCGCCACCGGAUCUGGAAUUAGCCCAAUCCGAUCUUUGAUCGAAUCAGGAUUUGGUGCCAAUAAGAGACCUGAUGUAAGGCUCUAUUAUGGGGCUAGAAACCUUCAAAGAAUGGCUUAUCAGGAUAGGUUUAAAGAUUGGGAAUCUUCUGGAGUCAAAAUUGUUCCAGUACUGUCACAGCCUGAUGAUAAUUGGACCGGUGAGCGUGGCUAUGUACAGGCUGCUUUUGCUAGAGCCAAAAAGAUUUAUAGCCCUCAGGGUGCAGGUGCAGUGCUUUGUGGGCAGAAACAGAUGUCUGAGGAAAUUACUUCUCUGCUUGCAGCUGAUGGAGUUUCAACUGAUAAAAUAUUGAAGAAUUUCUGAGGAUAUUGUUGUAAUCAUUCUCGUAUUAUUUAUUUUAUAUGUUUUGUUGUUGAGCAGCAAAGAUAAAGAAGCCCUUAUAUAUCAUUGAUUCAUUUAUUAUUCCAUGAGGCUGAGUAGCGAGGGGUCUCAGCAGCUGCUUGUAGAAAACCACGAAAAAAAUAAAACCAACCAAUUUUGCCACAGCAUCA